ACGUCACGGGCACUGCUAGGUCUUUAGCAUUUCUGCCAGAUAAAGAGCUCAGAGCACUUGUUCUGGAGAGGAGAGCAAGGUGACCUGCAGCGGGGGGCUUGCAUCUUCAAAGAAGCAGUGGCUGUGACCAUGGAGACAAGCCCAGACAGGUUCUUCUUCCCGGGAAACCACUGGCUGUACUUCUCUGUGUACCUCUUCUCCUUCCUUGUGGGGCUCCCGCUCAACCUGAUGGCCCUGGUGAUCUUCGUGGGCAAGCUGCGGCGCCACCCGGUGGCGGUGGACAUUCUCCUGCUCAACAUGACCCUCUCGGACCUGCUCCUGCUGCUCUUCCUGCCGUUCCGCAUGGUGGAGGCGGCCAGUGGCAUGCGCUGGCCGCUGCCCUUCAUCCUCUGCCCACUGUCCGGGUUCCUCUUCUUCACCAGCAUCUAUCUCACAUCCCUCUUCCUGGCAGCCGUGAGCACUGAGCGCUUCCUGAGCGUGGCCUACCCGAUAUGGUACAAGACGCGGCCGAGGCUGGGCCAGGCUACCCUGGUCAGUGGCAUCUGCUGGCUCCUGGCGGCUUCUCACUGCAGCGUGGUCUACGUCGUUGAAUUCUCUGGGGACCAAUCCCACAGCCAGGGAUCCAACGGGACCUGCUACCUGGAAUUCCAGGAGGACCAGCUGGCCUUUUUGCUGCCCGUCCGGCUGGAGAUGGCCGUGAUUCUUUUUGGGGUGCCCUUGCUCAUCAGCGGUUUCUGCUACAGUCGCCUCGUGUGGAUCCUCAGCAGGGGGACCAGCCGGCGCAGGCGCAGGAGGGUGGUGGGGCUCGUGGUGGCCACGCUGCUCAACUUCCUCGUGUGCUUCGGGCCCUACAACAUGUCCCACCUGGUGGGCUACCUCGAGGGUCAGAGCCCCACCUGGAGGAGUUACGUGCUGCUCCUCAGCACCCUGAAUUCCUGCGUGGACCCCCUUGUCUACUAUUUCUCAUCCUCUAGGUUCCAAGCCGAUUUCCAGGAGCUGCUGAGGAGGCUGAUGGGCGGCUGCAGCCCUUGGAGGCUGGAGGUUAGCGUGGAGUUGAAGGUCAAGGGUGGAGGAGAGGGGCAGGUGCAGGACUGUCCGACCUAG